AUGGCGCUGAGGAGGGGUGUCCCGCCGGGCCGGCGCCCUCCCGCAGUUAAAGCUGGAGGUAUGAGGGUGUCUAAAAAGCAAGAAAAUGGACCUGUUGAGAAAAAUGCUAAACCUCCAGGAAAAGACAAGUCAAGUGCUAUUGUCAGUUUUGCAAAACCUCAGAACGUGGGUGUCUUGGUAGCAGAAGCACUGAACAAAAUGAGCCACAAAAUCCAGGCAGCAGCAUUACAAGUGGCUCACCAAAAGCCACAGCCUACCUUGGAGAAGUUCAUACUGCCUAAAAGAAUUUACAUUAUUCAACAGCCACGGAAAUGUUAA